GAAUACAUCCAUGAAGAUGGUUUUAUGGGUUGGUAAUGGUACAAUUUGACCAAUUUGUUAAAUUUUCAUUCACGCUUUUUUCGGCUGAGGGGUUUUGAGACAGCUUCUUUUAUUACAGGAAAAUAUUUUUAUGUUCACUGAAACAAAGCCCUAGAAAGCACUAAAAACAAACAGAGUUUUGUCUCAUUUUACUAGUCGUUUGUCUUCGCUAGGACAGUCUGUCUGUCUUUUGUUUAUUAUCUUGUUUACAAUAAAAAACUGGACGGACAUACUUGUAAAUGGACGGCUAAAAGGUUUAUCAAGCUGCCCAAACUGAAGAAAACGUGAAAAAUGUGAGCAAAUUUGAACAAAUUCUGCGACAAUAAUACCGUCAAUUACAUCUGGUUUAGUAUUUGUACUGAUUUUGUGUUAGUUAGCGGGCUAGAGAUAUUCUGGGGUAAAACCCUGUUAAGUAUUUCCGCCAUUACGAAUUAGCCUUCCGUCACUGCUUCCGCUAUUUGGCAUUUGCAAAUUGGCAGCUUUGUUACUCCAUUUAUACCAACUACAGUUUAUUAACACUGUUCUCAGAUCAGAUCAACGGAUUUUUAUUUUGAAUAUUUAUCAAGCCAAGAGUAACGAUUUUUUAAAGAGUCAGUGUGUUCAAGUACUAUUAAAAAUUUUCCUGGCCGCUCUGAAAGAUAUAUUUUUUGAAAAAUGUAAGCUUUGGCUGAAAUUCCUGACUACCAUUGUUCCCUCAUUAAAUGGUGAUUUCAUCAAUUUUGCUUUUAUUAAAAAAAAAACUUGGACCAGUUUGUUCCAUUGUUCUACGCUCGUGUUAUGGCAGAGAUUAGAACUCUUACUUGUCGGUCAAAAACGUCCAAUUAACGGAACCUCAAUUUUCUAUAUUGUGAAAUACCCGAAUCCAUUUUCAGCUAAUCCUAAAAUAAAACGGAAGUUGUCUGCCAAAGUUGAAAUUGUCAAACUAAAAAGGAAAUUUGCUCUUUUACAAGGCAAUUUGAACGCAGUUUCACGUGUGAUUUUCCAUCUUUUCAUCAGCUGACUAGCUUUACCUUAGGUGAUUUUAAAACCAUAAAACAGCACAAAAUUCUUUUUAACACCACACUCAGAAAUCGAUCAAAGACUCAAUUAUGACUGCAAUAUGUUUCACCUUUUUGGUUAUAACCUGCUUAUCUUAUUACCAAAUAAGCGCUACGAAUAAUGUGGCCACUUCGUUCGGCUCUCAAACUUCGGUAAAAAACCGAACUGUUUCGGCUUGCCCAGAACACUGCACUUGUACGCGGACGAAGUAUGACGUCAUUUCUGAAGUGGACUGCAGCUUCGCUAUUUUACCCGAAGUGCCGCCGUUGCCGCCGAGCGGGGCACUGAAGCGGGUGAACCUAGCCGGAAACAUGCUGGAAACGCUUCAUCUGCAGUUUAGACACUCGACUGGAAUCGAAACUUUGAUGCUUAACUUCAACACGAUUAAUCUCAUCCGAUCUUCUGCUUUCGUGACUUUGUUCAACUUGCAACUGCUGAAUUUGGACCACAACAACCUCACUUCUCUGGACAUCAAAGCAUUCAUGCGAAUCCCAAACUCUUCUCUCGCCCUUACCAUCAGUAUUAUGUUCAACCCCAUAGCCUGUGCGUGCGACCUCGUCAACCUACACAACAGCCUAAUUCUCGCCAAGCAGAAUUUAAAACAGUUUCACUUCACGUGUUUAAAUGACAGAGUAGCUUACUAUAACAACAGGGACUUCGGCCGAAAUGGAGAUGGGACGAGAGAUGAACAGGAAGACAGAAACUUCUCGAAUCACGUGUUGCUUCGAAAUUAUGCAGAACGGCUCUGUGACGAAGAGAUGCUUCUGCCCUUUAGCAAAGAAAUGUCCGGUCGAAAUCGUGUCGCCACUCUGGACAUAAUUGCCAUCGUUCUUAUCACUGGAGUUUUUCUGCUAUUCGUUUUACUGGUAAUUUAUUUUGGAAUCUACAAAGUAUGCAAACAUAUGCGACGCCAGAAGAGAUCCAGAAAUGUGCCUGAAAACUUAGAAAACGCCAAAAAUUUUGAUCACACCGACGCUGCGCUGGCCAAUGGAAACAUGCACAUUCACGGAAACGGUAAAAUUGAUGCCCAAGGCAAUGGUAACAUACACGUUCAAGACAAUCAUAUGGACGAAUUAGUUCAUGAAUUUCAACUAAACCCUUCAUCGUCUUUACAUUCGAUGCCAGAUUCACCCCCACCCCCGCGACCACCCGCAAGGGCGGUACUUUCAAAACAGCACCCGCCGCCGAAACCUCCGAAGCCCAGUUUACCAGAUGGGUUGUAUUCAGUUGCACUUCAAAGCGAACCAACCAAACUUCCGAUGUUGGUUCCUACCAAAGUACCAAUUCCAGUUCCACCGGGAGGCGGGAUCCUUAAAAACAACCCGAAUUCCAGAGGCGCCCAGUCUCAAAACAGCGUCGAUUCUUAUGAUUCCAGGAACGGUAAUCGAAGAAUAAUGGUGGAUGCCGGGUUCAGACAUUCGAGUAGCGAGAAUAAUUACAAAACAGUCCGAAUGCCAGAGCAAGUUGCAAUCGUUCGGCAAAGUCCGAGUCGUAAUACUCCGUCGGCCGAACCAUUUCCAAUACCGACUCCAGCUCGGAAAAGCCGAAGUUUUUACAUGCAGACCUCAGUUUGAGUUUUGCGGUAAACAUAUAUCAAACUUUCGAUUUUAAUUCGAUUUGAUUUCAAUUGAACUUAUGCGAUUGCGAUUAAUUGCUGAUACAAAUUCUUCCGUUUAAUAAUUUUUUACCCUGAUUUGCUGUUCCAUUACA